ACUCGAGUCAGACGUCAGUUGGCAAACGGCGACCUGCCUGCUCCCCGCCGAAGUCGCCCCUCCCUCUCCAACCCACCACGACACGCACUCACACGCACACGACACCCUCUGCACCCCCUGCUCCCACAUGCACUAUUGAACACAAGUCCACUCGCUCACGACAACGGCCUGCUGACACGAUGAGUUGAAUUCAGUUCAACUACGUAAUUCCGCAAGCACGCGAGGAGCGCACCUCUACCAUCAAUCCUUCACCCCUCCGUAUAUCGCGUUUCGGGGAAGUUCGCGACAAGCACUCCGCCGUUCCAAAUUGAGCCGGCUUGCCGGCUUCAAGAGCACGCAGUAUGAAUUCAUCCGCGAUCGACGAUGAAGAGCUGGCACUGUCCAUUUCCUCAUCCCACGCCCGCCGCGGCUCAAGAGAGGAUCGUGGCUCGAAUGGCGAGGUCCAUGGCUCGCGUCCGCCGCACCCUUCCGCCCCCAUCGGUCGUCCACCACGCCAAUCAAAAAACAUGGAGAGACUGGGCCAGUACAACGUCGUCAAGACCUUGGGUGAAGGCUCCUUCGGCAAGGUGAAGCUCGCCAUCCAUCAGUCCACCGGGCAAAAGGUCGCGCUCAAGAUCAUAUCCCGCCGCAAGCUCGUCACCAGGGACAUGGCCGGCCGGGUCGAGAGAGAAAUUCAGUACCUACAGCUCCUGCGCCAUCCGCACAUCAUCAAGCUCUACACGGUCAUAACAAUGCCGAACGAGAUCGUGAUGGUGCUCGAGUACGCCGGCGGUGAGCUGUUUGACUACAUUGUGCAGCACGGAAAGAUGGCCGAGGACAAGGCCCGCAAAUUCUUCCAGCAGAUCGUCUGCGCCGUGGAGUACUGUCACCGGCACAAGAUCGUGCAUCGCGACCUCAAGCCGGAGAAUCUGCUGCUGGACGAGCAGCUGAAUGUCAAGAUUGCGGACUUUGGGUUGAGUAACAUCAUGACGGACGGCAACUUUCUCAAAACCAGCUGUGGCAGUCCGAACUACGCUGCUCCCGAGGUUAUCAGUGGGAAGCUAUACGCCGGGCCAGAAGUAGACGUGUGGAGUUGCGGCGUCAUUCUUUACGUCUUGCUGGUCGGCCGACUCCCCUUCGAUGAUGACUACAUCCCCGCCCUGUUCAAGAAGAUCGCGCAGGGCAACUACAACGUCCCGAGCUACCUCUCCUCUGGUGCUGUGCGGCUGAUUAGGAAGAUGCUGCAAGUCAACCCGAUGCAGAGAAUCACCAUUCAAGAGAUACGGCAGGAUCCAUGGUUCACGAAGGACUUGCCAGAAUAUCUGACACCGCCGGUGGAAGAGUUCAUCGAGACCGGGAUCGAUCCCAACAAAGCUAUUGAUCCUCGAGAUCUAGCAAAGGGCAAACCGGUAGUAGUGCAGGAGAAGUUGCAUCAGAGUGUCGUCGGCAAACUCGGAAAGACGAUGGGCUAUGCACCGGACGACGUCCAAGAAGCACUGGCGAAAGAUGAGCCGAGCGCGAUCAAGGAUGCCUAUCUCAUCGUUCGCGAGAACCAGUUGAUGAAGACCAAUCCAUCCCUGGCCGCAGACCAACCGGAGUUCAUGGCCCAAUCCCCGCCGACGUUCAGCAGCACUCCAAUGUCCCCUCAAUCCCACUCCCAGCGGCCGCAACCCUCUCCACUGUCUGGCUUCGAUCAGCGCCACGGCUCCACCGGCUCUUCCUCAAUUCUCGAGGCUCGCUCGCCCACGUCCACCAUUGCCGUGCUCCCUUCCUCCAUGCCUGACUACCACGUCGCUUACAUGAAAGGUCAAAUCGGCAGUUCAAAGGGGGAGAGAGCCGAGGAGCCGCCGACAGAUGGACGUCCACGCACCAAGGAAGAACAAGACGCUCUUGCGCGACACCUCAGGCCGCACAGUCGGAGCUCCACGAAUAUGCAUCGGCAAAGCGACAAGCCAGAGCCCAUGACUGCUCUGCCGGAGAAGGAAGUUAAGAAGAAGUCGAAGCCGCAGAAAUGGCAGUUCGGGAUCCGGAGCAGGAACACCCCCACGGAGGCUAUGCUUGCGUUGUACAAGGCCCUGCAAAAGAUGGGCGCUGAGUGGGAGGUUCCUAAACCGCGAGAGCCGGGUGCGGGCAGUGCCGAGGGCAGUCCUGAGAGGCAGCGAGCAGGUAGUCAGAGUCCGGAGUACAGCGAUUCCGACCCGGACCCGGGCACCGAUCCCGAAUACGCCACUCACUCAGACCAAGAGGAGCGACGGAGGCGACGAGCGGAGAGGGAGGGGAAUAACGACGGCGACCGCAAACGGGGACGAGAGCGGUACGGCCGCUGGAACGAUUACGGCUAUGCCCUUCCUGAAGACCCCUGGGUCAUCUACGCACGUUUCAAGAAGGAUGGCAUGUUUCCACCGGGCGUGGCACACCCUUCAUCCACCAACAGCUCACGUGUCGACCUGAUCGACAGCGCACGAAGAAGCGGGUCGGGUUCUAACAGCCGGACCGGCAGCACGGAUAGCGUGGCGGGUGUCGAUCUGGGGCCGAAUGCGUCGCACUCCACCACCAGCCUGACACGUGCGCAGCAGCACAGCGUGUGGGUCUACGUGACGAUUCAGCUCUACAGCAUCGAGAAGGACUUUUAUCUCGUGGACUUUAAGUGCGCGGGCUACGAACGGCUGGCACGACGUUUUGCGAGGGUGGUGACGGACAGCGAGGAUGCGAAUGGCACACAGCUUGCCGAUGAUGCGCCUCCGGGGCACAAGGACGGGGAUGGCACAGAGGAUGAGGACGGGAAUGAGUUGAUCGGGCAGGGGCGUGCGGAAGAGGAGAAGGAUGUGUCGAGUCCGUAUCCUUUCCUGGACGUUGCGUCCAGGCUGAUUAUUCAGUUGGCUGAGGCGCAGGAUUGAGGCGGGGCGUCAACAGGCAGACCAGGGCAUGGAAUGGGAUAGGAGUGCAUAGCACGGGCACAGCAUAGCUUGGUGAUGUUGCUUUCCCAUAGGUUUGGUAGCAAGUAUCAAAAAAAUCCAGUAAAGCAGUG